AUGCUCAAAACAUUUUCGCUGCUACUACCAAUAUGGGCAGUUCUCACUGCCGCAGCCAGCCAACCUUCACCUCAUGCCUCAAUUUUUCAAGAUAGAGUUCACUACUUUGAGAAUGCAAGGGCAGCAGCUGGGCAAGAACAGGCGGCGUUUGUCAACCGCGCCUCGAAUGCGCCGCGGCCAACGUCCUACCUCACAAACAAGACAAUGCCAUUCGCUGUGAAUGGCACAGGCGUGCCGCUGGUCGACUGGGACAUUGGCGAGUCUUACGCAGGGCUCUUGCCGAUCUCGCAAAAUGCCACCGAGACGCGCAAGCUGUUCUUCUGGUUCUUCCCAUCCGAGAACCCCGCCGCCACCGACGAGAUCGCAGUCUGGUUCACCGGAGGGCCAGGCUGCUCGUCGAUGUUAGGUCUACUACAGGAGAACGGGCCUAUCCUCUGGCAGUCCGGAACAUUCGGGCCGAUCAAGAAUCCUUACGCCUGGAUCAAGCUUACCAACUUUGUCUGGAUCGAUCAGCCUAGUAACACCGGCUAUUCAGUCGGUGAGCCGGACAUAUUGAACGAGAUUGAUCUCGUGCGAGAGUUUAAAGGAUUCUGGAGGAAUUUCAUGGACACUUUCGACCUUCAUCAACGAAAAAUCUACUUGACGGGUGAAUCAUACGCCGGAUUUUAUGUUCCUUACAUUGCGGACGGGUUUCUCAAUGAGAACGAUACAGAGUAUUUUAAUAUUAAGGGAAUUGCCAUCAAUGACCCGUUCAUCGGAAACGCUCAGUUUCAGCAAGAAAUAAUCCUUCCGGACUUCAUUGAGUAUUGGAACAACGUUCUGGGCCUCAAUGACACCUUCAUGUCGAGCCUUCGUUCCCAGAAACAACAGUGCGGCUACGCCGACUAUCUGAACAAACACCUCGCCUUCCCGCCUCCGCCGAGACCAUGGGACGCAGUUCCGUCAGACUGCGGCGUCUAUUUCGACUUCAUCGACGCUGUCCUAGCAGUCAACCCUUGCUUCAACGUUUACCAUAUCACCGAUAUGUGCCCCUUUCCUUACCAGCCCCUCGGCGUCAUCAACGGCGGUGAUUACGUCCCCCCUUCGGCUCCAGAGACCUACUUCAACCGCGCGGACGUGAAGACGGCCCUCAACGUUCCCAACGCAGCAUACUGGUGGGCCUGCUCGCUCAGCGGUGGGUUCCUCGGCGACGACCGGUCACCGGGACCAGGCGUUGACGACACGCUUACGCGGGUGAUUGACGGUCUCAACAAUACUAUUAUCGGUUCUGGGGCCCUCGACUUCAUAUUGCCGACGAAUGGGACGCUGCUGGUGCUCCAGAACAUCACAUGGAACGGGUCCCAGGGCUUCCAGCGGAAGCCGUCGGCGCCGCUCUUUGUGCCCUACCACACCGAGCAGAAUACGGGCGCGAUGGCUGGGGCAGGGAGUCUAGGGGUUUGGGGUUCCGAGCGGGGCGUGACGUUUUACGAGGUGCAGCUGGCUGGUCAUGAGCUUCCGGGCUAUUCUGCCGCAAGUGGUUAUCGCAGCCUCGAGCUGCUUCUUGGGCGUGUUAAAGACUUUAGUGACACAACCCCUUUAGCUCUUUGA